AUGUCGCUAUCUUACGGGGAGCUCAGUAACAUAGGCAUCACCGGCCGAGUCACCUCCGUUCUAUCCAUCCUAGGGUCAUUUUCCAUUAUUGGCACGUUUUGCUGUUCACGAUACUUCCGCAGCCCGAUCCAUCGUAUUAUUUUCUACAAUGCCUUUUACAAUUUGUUCGACUCGGUCGCGACAAUAAUAUCUGUCAGUGGGCCUGCGGCUGGAGAUGAUUCAUCUUUGUGCCAAUUCCAAGGCUUUGCGCUUCAAAUGUUUCCUCUUGCAGAUGUGCUUUGGACAUUGGCGAUGGCAUUAGACACAUACCUUGUUGUCUUUCAUUACUUUGAGGCUCACUCUUUACACAAGCUCGAGUUGACGUACAUUGGUGGAAUCACCGUCGUUACAUUCAUUCCAGCCUUGACCUUCCUGUUCAUUCGCAGUCCUGAAAAAGGCCCUAUCUACGGCAGCGAAACAGUCUGGUGCUCUGUAUCUCCGCAUUGGAUGCUCAUUCGCCUGAUUCUUUACUAUAUACCUGUCUGGUGUGUUCUCCUCUCUCGCCAUUUCCCCGCAACCUUUCUGAUACCCUCUUCCUUCUAUAGGAUAGUUAUAGCUAUUAUUCUGGUUAUAUAUUGCCUGAUCGGCAUCGAGAUCUCUAGACUUCGAGAAGACUUCAAGUUGACCUCAGAUGACCAUAUCGCUCUGACCUCAGCCUCGACCAUAACCAGCACCAACUCCUUCAACAAUGGCAAUAGCACUGUCACAACUACCGUCAAAUCUGAUCCCUCAAAUAAUCCUACACACGUUGUCGACUCCCAAAUCAUAAGCCAAUCCUCCAUUGAACACGUUUCCGUUCCUCGGCCACUUACGUCGAACUUUACCCAGCCCCUCAACACGCAGUCUCCAAAACAGAGACGCAUCUCCAUCAAACAAUACAUUCUCAUGCCGUCCCUAUUCUUUCUCGCCCUGUUGGCCACUUGGGUUACGCCAACGAUCAACCGAGUUUCCGCAUUUAUUCGACCCGAUUACCAGUCGUAUUCACUUCUUCUCGCUGUGAGUGCCUUAGGCUCACUGCGAGGGUUCUGGAAUGGGAUCAUCUUCAUCACAAUGGGAAUGAAGGGCUGGAAGCACCGCGCGAAGGAGAGACGAUCAAUAAAUGCGAAUAUAAGUCAGAUUUAA